CGGUAAAUAUAUAGAAAUCGAAUCCGAACCGUGUGAAAACCGAUUUUGAUUUCGAUUCCGAUUUGUGGUGGUUUCGGUUUGAAACUGUUGAACCGCCGGUUCGAAUCGCCGGUUCCAAACCGAUCGGGCAAGUCUUAAAGAUUUAAUCAAAUCUGUGACUCCAAUUCUCAGAUAACUCAAACCCUAGCUAUGGAUCUGCUACAAUCCUACCGAGACGGGGACGGCGAUGGGGACGACGAUCAAAUGGAGGAAUCUACGCCUCAAGCGCCGCCCACUACCUCCGAGCCGGAUCCUUCGCCAGAUUCCUCCCCAGUUCGGAUUUCCCUCCCGUCCAAAUCCGCUGCACCGAAAGUCGAUGACACCAUGCUCUCACUCACCGUCGCCGGUCAUGCCCAAUUACAGGCGCAGAAGCCUAUCGAUCCGACGCAGCAUCUGGUUUCCUUUAACCCUACCUACGAGCAACUUUGGACUCCCAUUGUCGGCCCCUCUCAUCCAUACGCCAAGGACGGGCUCGCACAGGGUCUUCGGAAUCACAAGCUAGGGUUUGUGGAGAAUGCGAAUAUAGAAUCUUUUGCAUUCGAUGAGCAGUACAAUACGUUUUAUAAGUUCGGGUACGCUGCAGAUCCAUCUCAGAAUAGUUAUGUUGGUGAUGUAGAAGGGUUUAAGGAGAAGGAUGGAAUUACGGUGUAUAACAUACCGCAGCAUGAGCAAAAGAAGAGAAAAUUGGAGAAGAAGAAGGAGAUGUUGGAGGAGAACGGCGAAGGCGAAGAAGUGGAUGCUACUGAGGUGGAGAAUCCGGCGACAGAUACUUGGUUGAUGAAGAAUAGGAAGAGCCCGUGGUCUGGUAGGAAGGAUUGGUUGCAAGGGGAGUUGAGUGAGGAGCAGAAAAAAUAUGCAGAAGAGCAUGCGAAGAAGAAGGGGGAGAAGGAAGGAGGUGAAAGAGAGAAAGGGGAAGCACAUGUUGACAAGAGUACCUUCCAUGGAAAAGAAGAAAAAGAUUAUCAAGGACGUUCUUGGAUUGCUCCGCCAAAGGAUGCAAAGGCUACUAACGAUCAUUGUUAUAUACCAAAGAGAUUGGUUCACACUUGGAGUGGCCACACGAAGGGAGUCUCGGCGAUUCGAUUCUUCCCCAAGCAUGGCCAUUUGAUACUGUCUGCUGGGAUGGAUACGAAGGUGAAGAUUUGGGAUGUGUUUAAUUCGGGCAAGUGUAUGAGGACUUACAUGGGACACUCGAAGGCUGUGCGGGAUAUAUGGUUCAGUAACGAUGGAUCGAAGUUUUUGAGUGCCGGGUAUGAUAAGAAUAUCAAGUAUUGGGAUACGGAAACUGGGCAAGUGAUAUCGACCUUUUCGACUGGGAAGGUUCCGUAUGUGGUGAGGCUCAAUCCUGAUGAGGAUAAACAGAAUGUGCUUUUAGCUGGGAUGAGUGAUAAGAAGAUUGUGCAGUGGGAUAUGAAUUCAGGGCAGAUUACACAGGAGUAUGAUCAGCAUUUAGGAGCAGUGAAUACCAUUACUUUUGUGGACAACAAUCGGAGAUUUGUGACUUCAAGUGAUGAUAAGUCGCUGCGUGUGUGGGAGUUCGGUAUUCCAGUGGUUAUAAAGUAUAUUAGUGAGCCUCAUAUGCAUUCAAUGCCUUCGAUAUCUUUGCACCCGAAUUCGAAUUGGCUGGCCUGUCAGAGUUUGGACAAUCAGAUACUUAUUUACAGUACUAGGGAGAGAUUCCAGCUCAAUAAGAAGAAGAGGUUUGCGGGGCACAUAGUAGCUGGGUAUGCUUGUCAGGUUAACUUUUCGCCGGAUGGAAGGUUUGUGUUGUCUGGAGAUGGUGAAGGAAGGUGCUGGUUUUGGGAUUGGAAGAGUUGCAAAGUCUUUAGAACUCUCAAGUGCCACGAUGGAGUUUGUAUCGGCUGUGAAUGGCAUCCUUUGGAACAAAGUAAAGUUGCUACAUGUGGCUGGGAUGGCUUAAUCAAAUACUGGGACUAAGUUACAGAUCUGAUGAUUGAGACCGUGCACCUCAGGAAGCGUUUGUGGAACCAACAAGACAUGGUUGUCCUUGUCACUCUGCAUGGAGAUGAAGUCGAGCUGGACUGAGUGCCUAGAGACCAAAUCUGACUAAGAGACUCUUAGAAAAUAGUCUGUGUUAAUCUGUAUUUCAUUUACAGUGGAAGAAAAAACCCAGCCAUGUACCCUUUUAAGUAUUUCUUUUUCCAAGUGGUGUGAAAAGAUGGACUCCUGCGAUGCCUAUA